GGGUGGCUUCCUGCGGCGUUUCCACUCCGGCUCUCUUUUUCGCUGCCUGACCGCCGCCAUCAUGGGUCGCAUGCAUGCUCCCGGGAAGGGCCUGUCCCAGUCGGCUCUGCCCUACCGCCGCAGCGUCCCCACCUGGCUGAAGUUGACGUCUGACGACGUGAAGGAGCAGAUCUACAAAUUGGCCAAGAAGGGCCUGACGCCUUCACAAAUUGGUGUGAUCCUAAGAGAUUCGCAUGGCGUUGCACAAGUACGUUUUGUGACAGGCAAUAAAAUCUUGAGAAUCCUUAAGUCCAAAGGACUAGCUCCUGAUCUUCCUGAGGAUCUCUACCAUUUAAUUAAGAAAGCUGUUGCUGUUCGAAAGCAUCUUGAGAGGAACAGAAAGGAUAAGGAUGCUAAAUUCCGUCUGAUUCUAAUCGAGAGCCGAAUUCACCGGUUGGCUCGAUACUAUAAGACGAAGAGAGUCCUUCCCCCUAAUUGGAAGUAUGAAUCAUCCACAGCCUCUGCCCUGGUUGCAUAAAUUUGUCUAUGUACUUGAGCAAUAAACUCAUUGUUUAACUACAA